AUGUCGGCGUCGCGCACAGCGCGGCGGGGCGGCGCGCGGCAGGAGGAGAGCUCGAGCCGGGAUGCUGGGGGUGGCAGGGGUGGCAGGCGGGGAAGGGGCGCGCGAGGGCGUGGGCAAGGCCGAAGCAGCAGCAGCAGCAGCGCGCGGGGCGCUGGUAGGGGCGGCAGGAUGGACGAUGACGGUCCGGUGACCGCGGAGCAGAUACUGCUGGGGGGGAAGGCGCUGGGAUUGGCGCUUGCGGGCAGAGGUCGGGGGAGAGGCGGAAGCGGAGGGAGGGCGCGGGGCACAAGGGGUGGGGGAAGGGGAGUGGCGGAGAAGAGAGGCAGGGGCAAUGAAGAUGAAGAGGAGGAGGAGGAGAGUGAGGAGGAAAACGAGGAUGAGGAGGAGGAGGAGGAGGAAAGCGAGGAUGAUGAUGAGGAUGAGGAGGAGGAGGAUGAGGAGGACGAGGAAGAGGAGGAAAAAGAGGAGGAGAAAGAGGAGGAGGAGGAGGAUGAGGAGGAAGAGGUGGAGGAGGAGGAGGAGGAGGAGGAGGAGGAUGAGGAGGAGGAGGAGGGAGAGGGGGAAGAAGAGGAAAAGGAGGAGGAGGAGGGGGAGGAGGACCAUGCCAAGAGAAAAAAGGGCAAGGAUGGCAAGACGGGGCGAGACGAGUGCGGUAUAAGGGAGGCGGCGGGGGAGCUGCAGGACGGGUGUGCGCGUGGCGUGCUUGGUGGUGAGAUGGCGUCGCGUGGCGAGCAUGAUGCUGCUGCUGAGGGGCCCGCUUCCGCCCGUGGGCGCGCAUUGGCAAGCGUAGGCGGGGAUGUGAAGAAGGGGGAUGGGCAUGGGGGGGGAGGCGCGGAGGAGGAGGAGGAGCACGAGGCGGAGACUGGAACAGCGGAAGUGAAGGGGCAUGGCGAUUCAGUUGGAAACGCGGAAGAGGGGGGCGAGAAGAAGAGGAUUGGGGGGGGUGGUGUCGGGUUGAGUGGGUAUAGGCGAGGCAGGAGGGGGUCUCAGCCUGUUGCUGGUGGUAGGCGUGAAGCGGAUACACAGCAAGGGGUGGACACUGGGACUUUGACGUGUGCGGAAGUAGAGAGGGAGCAUAGAGAGGAGGAGGAGGAGGAGGAGGAUGAGGAGGAGACUGACUGUGUGGUGCGUCCAAAGGACGGGGCUGGUGGUGGUGGGAAGGCAGUGGUGAGUGCUGUGAAGAUAAAGCUGGGAAGGUUCAGUGCGAGGGAGGAAGAGGAGGAAGAGGGGGGUGUUGUGGGACGUGCGGAUGGGGGGAUGGGUGGCGGCGGUGGUGUGAAGGAGGUUAGUGCGAGGGUGGUUCCAGGAGAGCAGGGUGCUGACAGUGCCACCGCACAUGGUGCUGCUGCUGCUACUAGUGCUGCAGAAGCAGAAGCAGAAGCAGCAGCAGCAGCAGCAGCAGCCCCUGCAGCAGGUGGGCAUGCAAGCGUGAGGGUGCCGAAGCUGUGUGGCUGGAGCGACAUUCUGCAGCGGUCAACGCGGGUGACCCGCGUUGCCAAGGGCAGCAGCAGCAGGCCUCGUGCACUGGGAGCUGUGGCGCGCGCGUGCAGAGGGCCGUGGGAAGCGUAUGAUCUUCCCUCGCCCCGCCCUGCUGCUGCUGCUGAUGGCGCUGCUGGUGAGGAGGAGGGUGCUUGCGCUGGUGGGGUGACUGGAGAGGUGAAACUCGAGGGGGAUGCGGAGGGGUUCGGAGAGGUGAAAAAGGAGGCGACUGCAGAAGGGAGAGGGGAGGCGGAUGGAGAUGCUUUAAGGAAGGAUGGGCAAGAGGAGAAAUCUGCGGUUGAUGGGUGUGGUGAUGGGGACAGAUUAGGAAAGAAGGAUAAGGAAGAUGGGCAAGAGGAUGAGGUGGGCAAGGGACAGUGUGAAGAUGGGAGAGAGAGGGGCAGCGAUGGGGGAAGGAGGGGAAGAGGGAAGGGAGCAGUGGGUGCAAGGUGGAAGAGGGAUGGAGGGGGGGGAAUGGACAGGGGAAGAGGGCGAGGGAGUGGGAGGGGAAGAGGGGGCAGGCAGUGUGGUGGUAGGUGGGGAGCAGGAGGUAGGAGUCUGAUCAAGGAGGAACCGGAGGAGAGUGCGAUGCAGGAAAGGGGGGGUGAGGAGGAUCCGCAUGAGGAAGAGGCAGCGCACGUGAGUGGCAAGGUAUCGGAGGAAAAGGAAAGUGUUGAUAUGAGGGCAAGUGAUGCCUGUGCAACGAAGGAGGGAGCGGAGGGUGCGGAGGGUGCGGAGGGUGCGGGGGAAGAGAUGCCGACGACUGGUGCAGCGGGGCAGGUCUCGGCUGCUGUGCAAGGUGCUGGGGACGAACGCCUCGAUGCUGCUGCCAUUCGUGUGGAGGAGGAAGAGGCAGGAGGACGCAUUGAGGCCAGUGUGACGCAGGCAGGGGAGAGCUGUGUGGGGGUCUGUGUGGAUGGAGGGAAGGAGAGGGCCCGGGUCGAGGAGUGGGGAGAGGGGCAGGCAAUGCAAGGCAGGGAGGAGUGUGGAGAGCAGGGCGUGGCGAAGGGCGGGGAGCGGCAUCGGGAAGGGCAAGAGAAGGGUUCUUCUGCAGAUGGUGUAACGGUGGGUCUCACCAUCAUAACAUGA